UCCACUUGUUGGAUUGGACAAAAAUUCUUGCAAUUUCUCAUGCGAAGCGUUCUUCGCUCUAUUCUAAAAUUACUUUAUAUUCUUUUAAUUUUUAUUAAUUUGUUUACAACAUUUUCUGAAGCACUGGCUCAUUGGCGAAUAAAUCAAAAGCAACACUCUCUUGUUGCUCUUAAUGAUGAUGAACUGAAGCAGGUGUCGGCGUUGACAGAUAUCGUCUCUAUCCGGUCCCUGCUUCAACCAAUUCUGGUAGAACGUCAAGUUGGGACUGAGGAGCAUAAAAAAGUUGCAAAUUACUUGAAAACAAAAGUAGAAGAAUUUGGAUUUACGACAGAAUGGGACAGUUCUCCAAUGAUGACACCAUAUGGAGAAAAAACCUUCAACAAUCUAAUUGCUACACUUAAUCCUCGGGUUCAUAGGCGUCUAGUUCUGGCCUGUCAUUAUGAUUCCAAAAUAUUGCCAGGGCAAGUUUUUAUUGGUGCAACAGAUUCUGCCUUGCCUUGCGCACUUUUACUAGAUAUUGCAAAAACACUUCAAAAAAGAAUUUCUUUUCGAGAUAAUCAACAUAUUACUUUGCAAUUGAUAUUUUUUGACGGUGAAGAAGCUUUUCGCGUAUGGUCAGAUCACGAUUCAAUUUAUGGUGCUAGAGCUCUUGCUAAAACUUGGGAACGCAAAUGGUAUCCAACAACCGAUGGAAGUGGCUUUGUAUUGGGAAGAGAACUUGAUAGAAUUGAUGUACUAGUUUUACUUGAUCUGUUGGGUGCUAAAAAGCCUAGAAUACAGUAUAGCUUUGGACAUAUGAGUGAAAAAUUGUUUCAAAAUCUUCCACGAAUUGAAACCGAUCUUAGCCGUUUGGGUGUAAUAAACAAGCUUCCACGUAUUUUCUUUCCUGGAGUAUCCUAUAGUGCAGCCGAAGACGAUCAUAUACCUUUUUUACAUAGAGGAGUUCCUGUUAUGCAUUUAAUUCCUAUGCCUUUUCCUGAUGUUUGGCAUUCACCAAAGGAUGAUGCAAGUGUUUUAGAUAAUCCUACAAUUGAAAAUUUAGCAAGCAUAAUUCGAGUUUUUGUUGCUCGUUAUUUGGGUAUCCAUCCGGCAUAAUUGAAUUUUUUUUAAUAAAAAUACUUUAAAUUUUCUGUGAUAUCUUUAAAUUAAUAGUUGUAUGUAUUUAUGUUUGUCAUUAAUUAAUAAAUAUGUACAUGGAGAAGUAAUUCUAAUUACUUUUAAUAUUAAAAAUUAGGGUAGCACCCACGCUUCGGGGUCGGAAGUGUUGGGGAUCGGGUUUUGCGGAGAAGCCAUGUCGGGGUUGUUGCCAAAAAACCGUUGGGUCGGGGUUUCGGGGUGCUACCAUACCCAAAAUGACAGAUAAUGAGAGCCAAACACUGUAGAUUUUACUUUUUUGGAUU